AUGAAGAAGAUGGUAAGUACUACUACUGCUAGCAUUGUUUUUCUGGUCGCAGUUGUCCUGCUGGCCAGUACUACGACUACCCGCCCCGCGGAAGCCGGGAAGAAAGUGAAGGUGCCGGUGGUGUGCAACUCACGAAACUUCAACAGCACCGACGAGCCUCAGGCCACGGCGGCGAGGGACGAGGUCCUGUGCCGCUUGGUAGGGGUGGCUAGCUCGCACCCGAACAAGAGGCGGUUCUGCACCUCCACCGACGUCGUCGACGGCAGUGGGUUCGCCGUCACCGGCCUGGCCACCUGCGCCCGGCGGUUCGAGGAGUGCGCCAGGUGUCUCAACAGGGCCAGGAACCUUCUGAACCAGCUGUGCAGGAGCGGCAGCGGAGGCCACAUUAAUUUGGUUGAUCAGAAUCCCAAAUGUUCCGUCAGAUAUGAGAAGGAACAAUUCUGCUAA